CGCCUCAGAGCCCCAAUCCUGACAUGCCGAAAGGAUCUAUUGGUAAAUUGAUGAGUCAGUUUAGAUUGACCUGUCGGAGUCCAUUUCAUUGUCACUGCCAAAACAGCGUGUGUCAGCAAAGGUGCAAUAAAGUGUGUAUUUGCUAAAUCAGCUUUGUCUGAAUGCAGGAUUGGAUCUCUGCAUUAAAAGAAACCGUCUCUCUCUCCGCUGAGGUGAGUUUCUUCAGCACCUCCUCGGCGCAGUUCAUGUGCGUCCUUUAACAUCUCCGCGCCCUCAAACUGGAGACUGUCUCAACGCGCAUCGUACCCACGACUGAUUCGGAGCCUUUUGUCCUUUCCUUCCGUGUGUGUAUCUCACGAUACAUGAUGGGAUUAUUAAGAUGGAGUUUUACACCUCGGUGCCGGUGAAGCAAACUUAAGGAAUAUUUGAAGGUGAAUCUUCUUCAAACACUGAGAUACCUCCAUCAAUACAGAAACGGCGAAAUUUGUGGAUAGUGAGGUUAAACCCAGGUUCAGGCGGAAUGCCAUAACCACUGUGAGACUGUGAGAAACCGAGGUAUCAUGGACUCCUGGAUCUUCCCAUCAUCCCCUCCAAACCUUUCAGAGCACCUUAUCUAUGACAGCUUUGUGCAGGGCAAUGAGUCCAACCUCCAUGGGAACUACACAGACCACAGCUAUAACAGAACCAGCACGGUGGUCAUCACUUGCAUGUACUUUCUGGUCUGUACUGUGGGGCUCUGUGGGAACACCCUUGUCAUCUACGUCAUUCUGCGUUAUGCCAAAAUGAAGACUGUCACCAACAUCUACAUUCUCAACUUGGCAGUGGCUGAUGUCCUCUUCAUGUUAGGCCUGCCGUUCAUCGCCAUACAGUUGGCGCUGGUCCACUGGCCAUUUGGGCCCGUGCUGUGCAGAGUAGUGAUGACUGUCGACUCCCUGAACCAGUUCACUUCCAUCUUCUGUCUGAUGGUUAUGAGCAUCGAUCGAUAUCUGGCUGUGGUGCAUCCCAUAAAGUCCACAAAGUGGCGCAAGCCCCGUAUGGCUAAGACUAUCAACCUCGCAGUGUGGGGGGUGUCGCUGGUGGUUAAUCUGCCUAUCGUUAUCUACAGCGGCAUUAUUACAAAGCAAGACGGCUGCUUCUGUACCAUUGUGUGGCCUGAGCCUCAAGAGGCUUACUACACUGCAUUCAUGUUUUACACCUUCAUCCUGGGCUUCUUCCUGCCCCUUAUGGUAAUCUGCCUUUGUUACUUGUUCAUCAUCAUUAAGGUGAAGUCCUCAGGCAUUCGUGUGGGAUCCUCCAAGAGGAAGCGCUCAGAAAGGAAGGUGACCAGGAUGGUGUCCAUUGUGGUGGCAGUGUUUGUUUUCUGCUGGCUGCCUUUCUAUGUCUUCAACGUCACUUCAGUGACGGGCACCAUCAGCACCACUCCCAUUCUGAGAAGUACCUUUGCAUUUGUGGUGGUACUAGGAUAUGCCAACAGCUGUGCCAAUCCCAUCCUUUAUGCCUUCCUAUCCGAGAACUUUAAGAAGAGUUUCCAGAACGUUUUGUGUCUUAAGAAGGUAGGAGGGCUGGAUGAGGCUGAGCGCAGUGAUAGCCGGCAGGACAAAUUACACAUGAUGAAUGACCCCACAGAAACCCAGAGUACUCUGCUGAACGGUGACCUGCAGACAAGCAUCUGAGACGCAGGUGAUCAGACUCACACAUACUAGCAGACAGAUUCUCUCAGAAACAGUCGCCAGUCUCUCUAAUGAGACAUCAGAAAGGACAUUAUUCAAGAGUGAACUAACUUAUUCAGAGGAACAGAGCAACAACAGAAAUUAAUAAUGUCAGAUUCCAUUGUUAUUUAUAGUACAUUCCCCAGUAUAUAAACCAAUUCAUUCUAAUAUGAUCACAAGUGCAAUCAAAUGCUUUCUAUAGGCUGUAAAUGAAAUCUGUUUGACUCUUCUCAGUCCUCAGUGUUGACUCUUAGGUAAGUUUGAACAGACAUCAACACCCACUUGCCAGUGGUCCCCUGGGUGACAUGGAUUUUCCUUGGACACCCAGGAUUAUAUACAUAGUUUACAGCAGAGGGCCUGUGCCAAGUUUCCAUGUUUCUUUACUUUGUGAAUAUAACAAAAUAACAAUGUGAUGAUUUGCUGUAAAACAGCAUACUGUUAAUAAAACUGCAAGUUAUUAGAGAAAAUGGGUGGAUAUUUAAUUUUUAAUUAUUUGGGUGACUUGUAAAUAAAUAAUGUUAUUUUUUAGACUCUGAAAGUAAUGAAUGCCAGUGCUGUUGUGUUUGUCAUUAUGUUCUGUAAUACAGCGGUCUUUGCUUUGUCUAAUUUGUGUGAGACCUUUUACCUGCGGUACAAAAUGUAUAAAAUGUAAAUGUGAGUAACAAUGUUUAGUAAAUAUUGAGUCUGUUUUCACUUUU